UGCAAUCCAAAAUGGCGGCUGCCUCCGUAGUCUGUGCGAGAAACAUAACUACUAAAGCCCUGCAAUUACGGCCAGCAGUGGCUAUUUCUAAGAUUUCAGUACGGAAUGCCACAUCUGCCAGUGACAGUCCUCGAAUGAAAACAUUUUCUGUUUAUCGUUGGGACCCAGAUAAACCUGGUGACAAGCCUAGGAUGCAGGAAUAUCAAGUUGAUCUAAACCGAUGUGGUCCAAUGGUCCUUGAUGCGUUGAUAAAGAUAAAAAAUGAAGAUGACCCAACACUGACAUUCAGGAGAUCUUGCAGAGAAGGAAUCUGUGGCUCAUGUGCCAUGAACAUUGGAGGAACAAACACUCUAGCUUGUAUAAGUCGCAUCAACCCAGAUGUGGGAAAGAAAACUAAGAUCUAUCCACUACCACAUAUGUAUGUGGUUAAAGAUCUUGUUCCUGAUAUGAACAACUUCUAUGAGCAGUAUCGCUCAAUUGAACCUUACCUCCAAAAGAAGACAGAGGUGGAAUAUGGAAAGGAACAAUACUUGCAAUCAAUUGAAGACAGGAAGAAACUGGAUGGAUUGUAUGAGUGUAUCCUAUGUGCAUGUUGUAGCACUUCUUGUCCUAGUUACUGGUGGAAUGGUGACAAGUACCUUGGACCAGCAGUCCUCAUGCAGGCUUACCGCUGGAUGAUUGACAGUCGGGAUGACUACACUGAAGAGCGCUUGGCUAAACUGGACUCUGAUCCAUUUAAAGUAUACAGGUGUCAUACCAUCAUGAACUGCACUAAGACAUGUCCAAAGGGGUUGAAUCCAGGAAAGGCCAUUGCUGAAAUCAAGAAAAUGUUGGCCACGUACCAGGGAAAGAAGGCUGCUACAGCUUAAGACAGAAAUUUCUCCUUUUCUACUACACACUGGAUCAGUUUCAAACUUAAAAUUCAGUUGUACAGAAAAUGUUUGUUUUGUUAAUGCAUAAAAAGAAACAGUAGUCUGUAAAGGAAUACUAAUAUUUUGAAUUUGGCUUGCAUUUAAGCUCUCCACUUCUACCACUUGCUUGAAAUUUUAUGGGUAACAUCAAUGUUGUGUAACAAUAAGAGGAAUUAGCUAUUAACAAACCCGCUUUACUUUCCUUGUUUUAGAAUUUUUUCUGGGAUCGUCUGUUCUCCAUGUUACAAUAUAAUGAUUAUUUCUUUAACACAACUUAUUUUUUCUAACAUGAAAGAACUUUUGGUAAUUUAUUUAAAGUGGAAUUAGUUUUAAUUGUACAGGAUACAAUGGUGAUAAAAAAUGCUUUCAUAAAUUACAGGAAGGUUUUGUUUGGUACUGUCUUGUUUAUAACCAGCAGUUAAUUUUAAAAUACAUCAGGAGUUACUGCUGUUACACACAAGAAUGCUCUAAAGAAGGAUUCAUGUCUAUUUGGUAAAGACUAAAUAAUCAUCAAAGUAAAUUUGUUGUGAGAACUUCCUUGCACUUGCAUUACUAUGCCAUACACGAGUCUUGUAAAAACAUAAUAAGUUAUGAAGUUGAAUCUUGAUCACUGAAAAGAAACUUCUUGGCAAAUCAAGGUGGUUCGAGUCAACAGUAUAGGGAAUUCAAUUUCCAAAAAGUAAGAUGAAAAAAAUAAUAAAAUUGACCCUUGGGCAAAA